CAGCAUUCCAGCCCAGUGACUCAUAGCAGAUGUAAGCCUCAACUCUGUAGAAUUUAAUAGCAAAAACAAUCGCAGAUUGGGAAGGGCUCUGGAAUUAUUUCCAUCAGCUUAAGAAGAUUUAACGACUUUGAGUUCUGUCCAGAAGUUAAAGCUUCCAAAAUGAAGAUUUUGAUAAUGAUUGAUUUUAUCCUUGCAGCUAGCUUGAUGGAUGUCAUUGGCAGCUCUGAUUUACAGAAAUGUUUUCAAGAGCAGUUACGACUUCAGGGCCAGGUGAGGCUUCUGGAACAUCGUGUGAAACAACAGCAGUUAAAAAUCAUUCAUCUCUUAGAGAAGAAAGAGAUUCAGUACAGUGACAGAGAAGAUGAAAACAGUGUCAUUGACUUGAGAGGAAAAAGACAGUAUUCAGAUUGUGCAGACAUCUACAAUGAAGGCCAUAAGCAAAGUGGAUUUUAUAAAAUAAAACCAAUCCAGAGUCCUAGAGAAUUCCUUGCGUUCUGUGACAUGUCUGAAGGAGGCGGCUGGACUGUGUUUCAGAGACGUUCUGAUGGCACCCAGAAUUUUGAUAGAGUCUGGGCUGACUAUGAAGAAGGCUUUGGAAAUUUUGUUUCGAAAAAUGGUGAAUUUUGGCUUGGAAACAAAAAUCUUCAUUAUUUGACUAAUCAAGGGAAUUAUACUUUAAGAAUUGAUCUAACUGAUUUUGAAGGAGAACGGCGUUUUGCACAGUAUGAAAGAUUCAGAGUUGCAGGAGAAGAGCAUUCUUAUGAGAUGAGUUGUGGUGAAUACUCUGGUACAGCUGGUGAUUCCCUUGCUGGUGGAUUUCAUCCUGAAGUAAAAUGGUGGGCUGAUCAUCGAGGAAUGAAAUUCAGUACUAGAGACAGGGAUAAUGACAACUAUGAAGGGAACUGUGCUGAAGAGGAAAAGGCUGGCUGGUGGUUUAACAGGUGUCACUCUGCCAACCUGAAUGGUUUGUACUACCGCGGUCCCUACACUGCCAAGACAGACAACGGGAUUGUUUGGUACACCUGGCAUGGGUGGUGGUAUUCCCUAAAAUCCGUUGUUAUGAAGGUCAGACCUGCAGACUUUGAACGUAAUAUUGUUUAAAUAUUCUAUUAACAUGAUUCACCUAAUUAAUCUUUUAGGAAAUUCAUUCCAAAUUAAAAUGGGCAGAUUUUUACUUCUCAAUCGAUGCAUGUAUAAAUUUGGAAUAAUUCCUCUGCAACCAGUAGUUUUAUGAGAUGUAAGUAAAAAGACAAGCUAGCCUAUGAACCUUUAGAUACAAAUAUUAAUGCUAAUGAGUCCAGUUUUUCUUUUAAAAAAGGCAAGUGUUCACCUAGGAAUAAGGACAUUUCAUUAAUAUGGAAUAUUUUUGACUUUACAGUAACUCCAAAUCCUUUCACCCUUAAAAACAAAAGUAUUGUUACUGUGCUGUCUCAAAAAUGAAAAUGGAAUGUACUUACACAAUUAAAAAAACUCUACUCAAAUAGAAGCAUAAGGUUUACUCAGUGAAUGGAACAUACUUGCUUUGGAAAGGUUCAAGACUUUAGAAAUUAGUUUCCUGUAAAUCCCUGAUGCAAUGGUUGUAUGUGCUGUAUACAUACCAUACAUAAAAGGUUUAAAGGAUGAGGCAAGGAACUGAAGAAAAAGAAGGGUGCUACCAGGAUACAAUCAACUGAAUCCAGCAUA